AUGCCCUCAAGCGCCUGCGACAGAUGUCACCGCCGCAAAGUCCGCUGCGACAAGAUCCAACCUCAAUGCGGGCCCUGCAAACGCGCUGAUGUCGCUUGUGAGUAUGCUGUUAGUGAGCAUCAGUUGAGGAGGAGGAAUGUUCAGAAGUUGGAGAGGAAGAUUAGGGAGUUGAUGGAUUGUAAUGAGGGUUUGACGCAGCAGUUGAGGCGGUCGGAGGAGGUUGCCAGACGAUCUGAGGAUGUGACGAGAAGGUCUGAGGAUGUUACUAGGAGAUCUGAAGAUGUUGAGAGAGGUGAGGCGUCGGUGGUGCAGGAUACUCCUGGGGAUGGAGAGGUGGCUGAGGAGGUUAUUCAGAUGAGUCUCAUCGCAGGCGGAGGCCAUCACUUUGUCGGUUCAACAAGCGGUCUUCUCCUCGCCAACCUCCUCCAAUCCCGCCCUCAACCAUCCUCGUCUCUCACCACAUCCUGGAAACCAAACUCCCUCCCCGGCCUAUCCUCACCACAAACCAACUCCGGCCUCCCACCCAAAACCCUCGCCUCAGAACUCCUCAAAGCCUACUGCAGCCAUGAUCAUCUCUGCUACCCCUUCCUCUCCACAAAAUCCCUCUACCGGUCUUUAGACGCCGUGUACGAAGACGCCAGCACCAAAGACCCCGUUGAUGCCUUCUUCGUCGACAUGACCCUCGCCAUCGGCACGGCGCAGGUGCACAAGUUCAACUGGAAUGGUGUAUAUGAUGCUGAGACGCAUUACAACCGCGCCAUGACGAGACUGGCUGAUGUGCUGGCGAGGGAUGGGAUCGAGAGGUUGCAGGCGCUGUUGCUCGUGUGUCAGUAUAGGAUGGGCACGACAUCGAGUAAUACCACGACUAGUGUUUGGCACCUCAUCGGUGUUGCGGCGAGGACGUGUCUUGAGAUGGGGCUUCAUCGAGCAGCGACUUAUGCGCUUCCGCGGACGUUAGAUGAACCGACGAGGAAGGUGAAGGAGGAGGAGAUGGAGACGAAGCGACGGUGUUUCUGGAGUCUUGUUGCGCUAGAUCGCGUGACGAGUCUUGCGCUUGGAAGACCUUUGGCAUUGCAGCUUGAAGACAUAGACGUUGAUCUUCCCCCUUCGUCAACAGCAGAUCAACUACCCGAGGAUAGUAGUCCUCUCUCAUCAGCACCCUACGGAACACCUCAAUACCGUGCUGCGACUUCUGUGUUCGUGCACAUCGUUCGAUACCGCCUCAUCUGCGGGAAGAUCAUAAAUGCUCUGCACCGGAGUGCUAAACACGUCACGUUCCCGAAUACAAGCUACGACGAAAUGCGAACAGCUCUAGCGAGGGAGUUAUAA